GUUGUGGGGCUUCUGCCUCCCGCCUGCCUCCAUGGGUGCCGAGCGCGGAACCCAGGCGCGGUGCCACGGAUACCGAAUUCCGCACCCGGAGACGCCGAGUCCGAAAUGGAGAAGUUGAAGGGUUGGUUGUGGGGCGGGAGGACGGAGGAGCUGAGCUGGGCUCAGCGGGCGGUUCGAAGCACGGCUGGUUUCAUCCUGGGUUUGAGCCUGGCCACGUUUUACGGCGCUUUGGUGCUGCUGGUGCAAAACGCCAACGCUUGGUUCUGCCUGCUGAGCAGCGCCGUGCUGGGCGCAGCGCUGGGUUUGGGGAUGGCCUUCUCCAUCAAGGUGCGGCUCUCCGUGCUGCUCACGUUGCCCCACGUUUUCACCAGGGAAGGUAAAAUCCUGCUGCUGCUGCUGGCGCUGAGCAUGGCGGUGCAGGGGCCUUGCACCAAUAUGUUGCACAAUUUUGCACGAGCGGCUGAGUCGGUGGCGUGCGGGGCAGAGCUGGCGUUGAAUCAAACGGCUGAGAGGAUGCAGCGCGCGAGGGAACCGCUGCUGAACGUCCUCUCCAAAAUCAAAGACAUCGCCCAAAAAGCCAAAGUGGUUGGCGACCGCGUGCGCAAAUUCUUCCGCGCCAUCAUCGACGGCAUCACCCACGUCGCCCGCGCUCUGCGCAACGUUUGGCUCUGGCUGAGCAACAUUGGCGACGUCUGCAACCGAGAGAUGGGAACCCCCUUCCAACGCUGCCUGCGCGUCUUCUCCGACGCCAAGGACAACUGCGAGCGCGCGCUCUCCUUCCUCUUCUUCCUCUGCUACAUCAUCAUCACCUUCAGACCCCUCUGCGGCUUCGCCGCCCUCGGACUCUUCUUCUGCAUCAUCCCCAUGUACGUCCAGUCCUUCCUCAGGAGGGUCAUCGCAGAGCCCAUCAACCGAGCUCUGGACCGCCUGCGUAGGGAAUUUGAGUUCAACAUUUCAGCCUCUCAUCACUUCGACGUGACCCUCAACUCCAGCAAGACACUGGCAGACGUGGCCAUGGACAUCAUGGAUGCGGUGGGGAAUCGCCUGCAUCCCACCCGGCAGCUGCUGGGAAUUUCUGCCUACAUCUCCUCCUGCGCCAUCCUCUACAUGUACCUGCAGGCUCUGCGUUACCGUUACCGCUACCUGAGGGAUGAUUCCUUUGACAACAUUUACAUCACGGAGCGUUUCGUGACGAUGGACGCACAGCGGGCGCAGGUGGGCCGCCCCACUGUGCUGCCCCUGAGCAUGAGGGAGAGCGUCCGCUACAUCCACCCCGGCAUGCCGUGGCUGGCCAGGCUGGAGCGGCAGCGCUACGGGCUGGAGCUGACGGGGUUCCUGCGCUACGUGCUGCUGGGGCUGAGCCUGGUGCUGGCUGACUACAGCCUGUUCUGGCUGCUGGACCUCGUGCGGCACCAAAUGCAGGGCGAGAUCGUGGCCAGGGCUCCGGCGGUGCUGGCUGUCCGCGUGGACGGCUCGGGCUACACCAGCGACAUUUACCGGGACGUGGUUUCUGCCUUCGAUGUCCUCCAACGCGGCAACGUCUCGGUGCUUUCGCAGCGCUGCCUUUUGCAACCCAUGGAACCCGAUUACAACACCUACAUCGGCAUGGGGAUCCUAUAUGGCAUCUGCUUCUUCAUCGCGCUGUUCGGCAGCCACGUGGCACGGUUGCGACGCGUGAUUUGUGCCGCGUAUUACCCGACCCGUGAGCAGGAGCGCACGGCGUUCCUCUAUAACCGCAUCCUGGCGAGGCGCACGGUGUUGGGGCGGAUCCUGCGCCGGACGGCCCUGCAGAGCGUGGUGGAUGGGGGAGGCAGCAGCACCGUGCUCCUCCUCCUCAGCUCCAGUUUUGGGGAUGCCAUGGAUUUGAGGAUGCCAUGGGUUUGA